UAGCUGCUGGCUAGCUAUAAAAGCUGUCGAGAUCUUUGCGAACUUGUGCAGUCUUCAAGUAUUCAAGUAUUCAGCAUGAAGUGGUUCUCGUUGUGCAUUCUGCUGCUGGCAUUUCUGGCCCUGAAUGCAGCGGCGCCCGCCGGUCAGAUACGCGUGCGCACCUCCUCGACCAGACACGUGCGUGUGCGCAACGGCAACAUCAAGUGGAACGGCGAUUGCCACAAUUGCGAUAUACGCACCACCAAAGACACGGCUCAGGUGACCAGCACCAGAAAUCGGCAAUGGACUAAGAAAUUCUAAAAGAAAAACCUUAUGUUGAAGUAGUUAUAAAUAUGUAGUUGUAAAUAGUUUUAAUAUUUAUUUUAAUGAACUAAUCAAAAAGUAAAUGAGUUAAUUUUGAAAAGCUCAUCAAAUAAAGAAUAUUCAAAUAAGUCUAUGACGUGGAGUUACGGAGACCUGAUG